AUGGACAAGAACAGUUUUGAGUUAUUGAACAGAGCAGUUGUCCUAUCAUUUGGUCAGGUUAUUCUCGCGCUGAUUGGUUUAAUAUGUUGUUCACAGGUGAGUUCAAAGCCGUUUUAUGCGAUGAUUUUUAUACGAACAUGUAUAAUAUACCUUUUGCUUUCUUGAUUUGGGGUAAGAUAGGUACGCGGUAGCAAAGGGUGAGCUAUGGUAUGGUAGGGUAGUGAAGGGUAAAAUAGGGUAGGGUAAAGUAGGGUAGGACAUAAUAGAGAACAGCAAAGCACAUUACUGAUGUGCACGUAAAGGUUAAGUAAGGUAAAGUAAAGUAAGAUGAAGUACAAUAACUUUACAUAGCCGUCAGUCAAUUAGGCUAGGACAGAUGUACAAUAAGACUACUAUUAAGGGUACAGAUGCUGUAAGAGUACGGUAGAUCGUAAGAUAAUACUAAAUUAAAAAGGAUACUGUAGGCUUCAAGUUUGUCUAAAAUCGAACUACAGUAAGAUUAGGGUAAGUAGAGUAGGGUAGGGUAGGGUAGGGUAGGAUAGGGUAGGGUAGGGUAGGGUAGGGUAGGGUAGGGUAGGGUAGGGUAGGGUAGGGUAGGGGUAGGGUAGGGGUAGGGUAGGGUAGGGUAGGGUAGGGUAGGGUAGGGUAGGGUAGGGUAGGGUAGGGUAGGGUAGGGUAGGGUAGGGUAGGAUAGGGUAGAUUAGAGUUAGGCAGAGUAGAGUACAGUAAGGUAGGGUAGAUUAGAGUAGGGUAAGGUUUAUAACUCAACUUUUUUCCAGAAAAGAAAGCAACCAGCACCAGCAAGCUCCAGUGAAUCAAACAAAAGUCCGGUUUCCAACGCCUCAGCUACGUCUUCAGGAAUCGAAGCCACCGAUCCUUCCCCCCAACCAGCCUUGUCGACUGCUACAGGCACUACGAUAAUACGGUCGACCACCACCACUACAGGCAAUACACCAUCACGAGAGGCCGAAAGUAAAACUUCGGUAGGAACUUUUUUUCCAAUAAAAUUUCAAAAAAUUUGCAAAAACUUUGUUUCCAAUGAAAUUUUAUAAAAUGCGCAAAAACUUUGUUUCCAAUGAAAUUUUGAAAAAUUUGCAAAAACUUUGUUUACAGAUCAAUUUUUGGAAAACUUGCAAAAAAUUUGUUUCCAAUGGAAUUUCAAAAAAAAUUUGUAGAAGCUUUGUUUCCAAUGAAAUUUCGAAUAAUUUGCAAAAACUUUUUUCCAAUGAAAUUUUAUAAAACUUGCAAAAACUUUGUUUCCAAUGAAAUUUUGAAUAAUUUGCAAAAACUUUGUUUCCAAUGAAAUUUCGAAUAAUUUGCAAAAACUUUUUUCCAAUGAAAUUUCGAAUAAUUUGCAAAAACUUUUUUUCCAAUGAAAUUUUAUAAAAAUGCGCAAAAACUUUGUUUCCAAUGAAAUUUUAUAAAAUGCGCAAAAACUUUGUUUCCAAUGAAAUUUUAUAAAAUGCGCAAAAACUUUGUUUCCAAUGAAAUUUUAUAAAAUGCGCAAAAACUUUGUUUCCAAUGAAAUUUUGAAUAAUUUGCAAAAACUUUGUUUCCAAUGAAAUUUCGAAUAAUUUGCAAAAACUUUUUUCCAAUGAAAUUUCAAAAAAUUUGCAAAAACUUUGUUUCCAAUGAAAUUUUAUAAAAUGCGCAAAAACUUUGUUUCCAAUGAAAUUUCGAACAAUUUGCAAAAACUUUGUUUCCAAUGAAAUUUCGAAUAAUUUGCAAAAACUUUUUUCCAAUGAAAUUUCAAAAAAUUUGCAAAAACUUUGUUUCCAAUGAAAUUUUAUAAAAUGCGCAAAAACUUUGUUUCCAAUGAAAUUUUAUAAAAUGCGCAAAAACUUUGUUUCCAAUGAAAUUUCGAACAAUUUGCAAAAACUUUGUUUCCAUUGAAAUUUUGAAAAACUUGCAGAAACUUUGUGUACAGACCAAUUUCAUAAAAUUCGCAAAAAACUUUGUUCCCAAUGAAAUUUUGAAAAAAUUGGCAGAAACUUUGUUUCCAACCCUAAAAACCACAUUUUAAAUUUUUUUUCAAUUUUAGGACUUUAAAAAGCACAAAAAGAAGGGUAGACACCGCUCCAAAGACAGACACAAGAGGAGACGGUACAAGCCCGAAGACGAAAUGGCAAGUGAACCACAGAAAAGGCACAGUGAUUAUGUCAUGCCCAAGAAGAACAUAAAAGAACAUUCGUUCAGAGACGACUGUGAGUUGAAGGAUCCAUUAAUACUUUCGUUUUUCAAUUUUGUUGAGAGAGAUUUAAUUUGA